AAAACCGCCCCUUAUUUUUUAACUAUGAAAAUGUAAAAACCAUCUUUUAAAUAAAAGAUAUAAGAACCGGUUAUUUAAAAAGAAAAUCAAAUUAAAAAUCAAAAACCUCAAAUUAAGAAUCAGGGUUAAUCAUGCACUAAAAAUAUUUCUAUAGCGGUCUUAUUUGGAUUUGUUUUUCAGCUUAGUCCGACUGAUUUUUCGCUAGUGGAUUUUGUUAUCUCUCGUCUUUACUCGUUAAUUAAGUGAUUCCAUCUCAGUGAAUUGCCAAUUCCUGAAUGUGUGUUUUGGGUUGAUCUUUUUCUUUGUUCAGUUAUCCAUAUUAAUUAGUCUUUGAUGGCCUACGCUGAGCAAAGCUUAUCGGUUAUGAUUGGAAAUUAGAAAGAGAACAUUUUGACUAUUCUGAUUUUAGGGUAAGUAGAAUUGUAAUUUCUAUCUAUGAAAUGUUCUGAUGAAUGUCUUGGUUAAUGAGUUGUCGUUAAUCUUAAAGCUGCAAUUAUCUGGUGGAGGAAAGUCCAUUUAUCAAACUAUCCGAAGACCUAGCAACGGCGACUAAUAGUGAUACCCAACAUGUCUUGAUGGAGUUUCAGUGUUGUAGUAACACGUAUUGCUACGUGUAACUCUUUUUAUGUUCUUUAUACAUGUGUUAGACUAUAAUAUCAUGCAAAAACUGUAUCACUGGUCACAAAAAAAAAACCCAAUCUGAAAAAAAAACAGUAAAUUAAAUAACUUUUUAUUAUUAUAUAGUCGUCUUCCUCGUCUUCUCCACUUCCAUCACCAAUCUAUACACCAACAAAGGCGCAAAACAGCUUCUCCAGCUGAAGCCUCUGUAAAACAACUAACACCAUGGACUUAUGUACGGACUCUCCAGAUGCUUCAAUACCUAUCCAAGGUCCUAGUUUUAUGCCAAGAAGAUUGCAGUUUGUGAAUUCAAGGUUGUUGAAACUUACGUCCUGCACCGCAAUGAAAAGCCAAAGUCCUGAACUUAAGUUUCGGCAUAAAAAUAUGUGGAUGGUAAACCAACAUGGGUUAAACAGAGCAUCAAAUUGUUGGAUGAGAAUGAUAGUCCAUUGUCUCUGGUCAAGGUUCCUUCUAUGGUGGAACCAAUUGGAACCUGUGGCCACCGUGUCUUGCUUUGGUGCCUCCCGGCUGAAGCCAGAGCUUAGCAAGUUCUCACCUGGUGACAUCAAAGAGGACACCGUGGCCAGACUUCCUCAGAGCUCCCGAGUGGUGAACAAAGAAGCCAAAAGGCUCUCUGGUUAGCCUAGAGGAUCACACAGCUUUUGAUGGUACAGCACCUCGUUGAAGAAAGAUACAAAACGAUCACUAAAAGCAAACAAUUAAUUGUAAUCAGUGUACAAAUGUAUUGUUUCUCCCUUCUUGUGAGGGAGAAGAACUGAAAGUAAUUACCAUUUUAAGUAACCUCUUAAAUAGUAGAUCAUUUUAAUCUGUU